AUUUGAGAAUAUCACCUUUUGGAGAACCAGAACUGCUGCCAAGCGUGGUACUGGGCCAGUGCACGUUAUAAUUUUUGAGGCUGCUGAUCGAGAUAACAUAGGUGGUUCUGCUUAUGGUGGACAACGGGCAAUCUGUUGCACUGCUGAUUUAGCUAAAAUAGAAGGUUGUAAGCAAGGAGAGAUUCUUAGAAGACCUUCUGCAACAGACAUCAAUUGGCCUGUCAUUUUAGAUGUACGUUUCAAGGGAAAAUCCAAAACUGCAAAUCUAGACUCUAAGGGGGUUACCAUUAGAAAGACUGGAAUGUAUAAUUUAAUUUUUGUAGCUUGUGACCCCAAUCUCAAGGAUAUGUUUAUGAGUGGAAAGACGAUCUGGAAAAACCCUGAUGGGUACUUGCCUGGUAGGAUGGCCCCAUUAAAGAAGUUCUAUGUAUUUAUGACACUUGCUUAUGUCUGCCUAAGCAUCAUUUGGUUCCUUCAGUAUUGGAGAUUUUGGAAUGAUGUACUGCAACUUCAGCACUGUAUCACAGCUGUCAUUGCUCUUGGGUUGUUUGAGAUGUUUCUCUGGUAUUUGGAGUAUGUCAACUUCAACAAUACUGGAAUGAGGCCUGUCGGGAUCACAACAUUGGUUGUCACUGUUGGGGCUAUAAGAAAAGCAAUUUCACGACUUCUUAUUCUCUGUGUUUCAAUGGGUUAUGGUGUUGUGCGACCCACUCUUGGGGGUCUUACCUCAAAGGUUCUUUUACUUGGAUUUACUUACUUUCUGGCAUCAGAAUUGCUGAAUAUUACUGAAUAUGUGGGGACCAUAAAUGAUGUAUCUGGAAGGGCAAGGCUACUUCUAGUUCUUCCUGAUGCUUUCUUGGAUGCAUUUUUGAUAUUGUGGAUCUUUACAUCACUUUCAAGAACAUUGGAACAGUUACAGGCUAAACGGAGUUCUGUUAAGCUAAAUAUUUAUAGAAAGUUCUCAAAUGCUUUGGCAGUAACGGUGAUCUCCUCAGUAGUUUGGAUAGGAUAUGAGGUAUACUUCAAAGCCACAGAUCCUUUCAAUGAGCGCUGGCAGAGUGCUUGGAUCAUCACUGCUUUCUGGGACAUUCUGGCAUUUGGAUUACUGUGUGUUAUAUGCUACCUCUGGGCCCCAUCCCAAAGCUCUCAAAGGUACGCAUAUUCAGAGGAAGUGGGAGAAGAAUCAGAUGAUGAAGAAGCUCAGUCUUUAACAAAGGGAAAGCAUGAAGGUCAAGGUGGUGAACUAAGUAUGGUCAAGCAAGAAAAGAAUGUCGGAAGGGAUGCACACUUGGAUGUAGAUAACGAGUCAGAGGAGGAGGAGGAGGACAAACGGGAAUAAGCUCUUAACAGGUCUCUUUUAGCACACUUGUCCUGCUUUCUCAUUUGGAUUUUUCGUCUUACACUUGUGCCACAACCCGUCAGAAAGAGGCGUUGUAAAAUUUUGUUCAUUUGUACCGGUAUACAACAGAUUCAUUUGUUUAGAGGAAUACUAGUCUUUUGUUAUCUUUUUCUAUUUUGGGGUCAUGUAUGUAAUUAAUGUGUAACAUGCAUUUGCAAAUGCUGAUGAUCAAAAUUCAUUGUGUUCUUUAUUCCCCCCACAA